AUGCACAAUGGCUAUCUACGAGACAAAACGAUAGAUUUCUAUUGUCAUUUCGUCUCACCCCAUUUUCAUUCUUCGUCUUCCUCCUCCUCUUCUUCUUCCUCCUCCUCCUCUUCUUCAUCUUCUUCUUCCACCUCCUCUUCUUUUUCCUCUUCUUUUUCUUAUACUUCCUCUGCCUCCACCACCUCUUCUUCCUCCUCCUCUCCCUCUUCUUCCUCCUCAUCCUUCUUCUUCUUCUUCCUUCUCCUCCUCCUCCUCUUCCUCCUCCUCCUAUUAUUCUUCUUCUUCCAUCCCUCCUCCUCCUUCUUCUUCAUCAUCCAUUUUCUUCUUUUCUUUUACUCAUUCUCCCCCUCCUCCUCCUCCCUCCUCCUCCUCCUAUUCUUCUUCUUCUUCUUCAUCAUCCAUUUCGGUUCACUUUUCUUUUACUCUUAUUUUUCAUUCUUCUUCCCCCUCCUCCUCCUCCUCCUCCUCUUCUUCUUCUUCUUCUUCAUCAUCAUCAUCAUCAUCCAUUUCGGCUCACUUUUCUUUUACUCUUAUUUUUCAUUCUUCUUCCUCCUACUCCUACUCCUCCUCCUCCACCUCCUCCUUCUCUUCUUCUUCUUCUUCAUCAUCAUCAUCAUCAUCCAUUUCGUUUUACUUUUCUUUUACUUUUCUUUUUCUAUCGUCUUUUAUUUUAUCUCCCUCUUCUUUUUAUCUUUUUCUUCCUCCUCCUCUUUUUUGACCCUCCCAUCUUUCUCGUCAUUCUUCAGCUUCGUCUCUUGCUCCCACCCCCGCCUCUGCUUUUCUUUGCGCUACAACUUUCUCUUCUUCCUCCAUUAA